UAGGGUUUAAGAUCAUGCAGAGGACGAAUAACAAUGGCACAGCAGGAUCAACACAACCGGCAUGUGCAGCAUGCAAACAUCAAAGGAAAAAGUGUCAUGCUGGUUGCAUAUUGGCACCGUAUUUUCCUGCUGAUAGAACUCGGGAAUUCCUCGCCGUGCACAAAGUUUUCGGGGUCAGCAACGUAACAAAGAUGGUGAAGAAUGUCGAGGAACCCAAUCGGAGAAAGGUCACUGAAUCGUUGGUAUGGGAAGCUCUUUGUAGGCAAAAAGAUCCAGUGCUCGGUGCGUACGGAGAGUAUAGGAUGGUUUCUGAUGAGCUUAAAAGGUAUAAGCAGCAGCAGAAUCGUGAAAACCAUACUGUUCCUUUACAAGUGCAAAAGGGAUUGUGUUUCAACAAAUCCUUGUCGGAUUUGGUGGGUAAUUGGAAUGGUGGAAUCACUAAUGGAAUCACUAAUGUUAACAAUUCGGGUUAUCUUCAUGAUAACGACGAUGUUAUACCGGAUUCAGCCCCGUUUGGUUACCCUUUAAAUUGUGAACAACAGAGUCAUGAGAAGGUGGUAAAGCAAGUAAAAGUGGUAGAUUCUGUUGUUGUUCCACUACACCAGCAACAGCAGCAUUAUUCAGUCAACAAUAUCAAUCAACGGUAUUAUCUUACAGGUCAAUUUAAUGAAAUAAUUGGCAAGAGGAUAGAAGGCACAAUAUGGGAAGGAGGAUCAUAAUACUUGCAUUAAUUAAAGAUUUUAUUAUAUAUUGUUUUAAGCCCCGUCCCUCUUCUUUCAUCUUAAGCGUGACUGCUUGAAGAAAGAACAAUAUACAUGUGUCAGUUUUUUCUUUUAAUCUUUCACUUGUAGAUAAACAACAAGUGACACGAAGUAUGUGUGACAAUAAUUGAACUACAAUACUAUUCAAAACGUAUGCAGCUACAUGUAUAUUAUGCAUUAAGUGAUUUGAACUCAA